GGCACAUGACAUUUUGCUUUCCUUUUUACCAAUUUCUCUGUGUCUUUGUAAAGUCAUUUUUUUGGGCGCCUCAUUACCUUGAUACUUUUAUACCUGUACUGUAGGCAUCGAGGAUUGAGAAUAGAUAUUUAGGCAUCCAUGGAGAUGCUGUACCUCUGUAUCCCAAUUUUCUUAGCCUUGUAUGUCUUCACAUGGCACUUCCUUCACAAGCUCCACAAUCUCCCACCAAGCCCAUUUCCCAUUUUGCCCUUGAUCGGCCAUCUCUAUCUCCUUAAGAAACCGCUGCACCGAAACUUAUCCAAAAUUUCGGACCGCCAUGGCCCCAUACUCUUCUUGCGAUUCGGUUACCGGCCUGUGCUCAUUGUUUCCUCACAUUCAGCUGCUGAGGAAUGUUUCACCAAGAACGACAUCAUUUUUGCCAACCGCCCCCGCCUGAUCGCCGGCAAACACCUAGGUUACAACUAUACGGCCAUCGGCACAGCUCCCUACGGCGACCAUUGGCGAAAUCUCCGGCGAAUCUCCUCUUUCGAGAUUCUAUCAUCCAAUCGUCUUCAGAUGCUUUCCGGCAUUCGCUCCGAUGAGGUCCGAACGCUGAUUUGCCGGCUUGUUAAGAAUCAAAAUCAGGUGGUGGAGAUGAAAUCCGCGUUCUUCGAGCUGACGCUUAAUGUGAUAAUGAGGAUGAUCGGCGGAAAGCGGUAUUACGGUGAGAAUGUUGGGGAGGUGGAGGAGGCUAGGAAAUUUCGAGAGAUGGUGUCGAAGGCGUUCCGGUUGGCAGGUACGAAUAUGGUAGAUUUCUUGCCAAUUUUGGGGUGGUUAGGGUUGAAAGGGACAGAGAAGAGGUUGAUGGAGCUGCAAAAAAUGAGAGACAGCUUCAUACAGAAUUUGAUAGAAGAGCACAGAAGCAAGGGGAGUAAGUGUGAAAGGAGGCCGAAGACGAUGAUCGAAGUUCUGUUAUCACUGCAAGAGACAGAGCCUGAGAACUAUACAGACGAGAUCAUCGGAGGCCUCAUGCUAUCUAUGUUAACCGCAGGAACAGAUACUUCAGCCGGGACCAUGGAAUGGGCAUUGUCGCUUUUGCUGAACAGUCCAGAAGUGCUUAAGAAGGCGCAGCAAGAGAUUGACGACCAUUUGGGACAUGAUCGUCUGAUUGAGGAAGUGGAUCUAGCGCAGCUUCCUUAUCUUCGGAGCAUCAUUAAGGAGACGCUGCGUAUGUACCCAGCAGGUCCAUUGCUAAUCCCUCACGAGUCCUCAAAGGAGUGCUUUGUAGGAGGGUUUCACAUCCCACCAGGCACCAUGCUGCUUGUUAAUGUGUGGGCUAUACACAAUGACCCCAAAAUUUGGGCUGAGCCCACAAAAUUCAAACCAGAGAGAUUUGAGGGUGAAGAAGGGGAGCGAGAUGGGCUCAGGUUUUUGCCCUUUGGGUCAGGGAGAAGAGGUUGUCCUGGGGAGGGCCUAGCCAUCCGCAUGGUGGGCUUGGCCUUGGGUUCACUUAUUCAGUGCUUUGAUUGGGAGAGGGUUGAUAAGCAGAUGGUGGACAUGACUGAAGGGCACGGUCUCAGUAUUCCUAAGGCUCAGCCUUUACUGGCCAAGUGUCGGCCUCGCCCAACCAUGGUCAACCUCCUUUCCCAACUCUGAAUCAAUCAAGCCCCAAGCCCCCACAUGGCAUGGCUAGUUUCUUAGGCAUUUCUAGAAUUGAUCGGGAAUGCGAGUGUUGUAUGUGUCUACUCUCUAUUAAAUGUUUCCUUAGAAUGUGUGACAUUAUUGUUGUAAUUAAGGAAUAAGAUUGGAUAUAAGUCGCUGUCCUUUAUUUAUGAAAGCUGGAGUGGAUUUCCUUCC